AUGUCCUCUGCUCAAGAUUACGCCACCAAGAUCUCUAUCGAUAGAUUCGAUGGAGACAACUACGCGACGUGGAGCCGCUACAUGCGUGGCGUGUUCCUGACCAAGUCGACGUGGCACGUGGUCAACCGGGAGACCACCCCCACCUUCGCCGAUCCUCGCGCCAGUGAUGAGUACGUCAAGACGAACAACAUUGCGUUUGGCUUGAUGUUACUUCACAUGAGCGCGGACUAUCAUCACGUGGUUGAUGACUGCGAUGAGGCCUGGGUUGCGUGGACACGGUUGAAGACUCUCUACGGCGGAUCGCAGAAGACGGGACGGAUCUUCUUGAAGCGACAGCUGUUCAGCAUGGAGAUGGCGGAAGGCGGCAAUGUAAUGCAUCAUUGCAAUGGAAUUCUCAACAUCAGCGCCAAGCUCAGCAGCAUCGGCGCCAAGAUGGAGGACGAGGACGUGGCGAUCUGCUUGUUGUGCAGUCUCCCCAAGAGCUACGAGAACGUCGUGCUGAACUUGGAGAUGAGCAGCACGGAACUGCGGACGCAAGACGUCGUGAAGGUGCUGACUAAUGAGCACAUCAAGAGACAAGGAAACAAGACGACAUCGGUGAAAACUGAGGAAGCGACCAAGGCCUUCAGUACCGAGCGUGAGCUUCGUCAGUGUACGUUCUGCGGAAAAUUGGGGCACACGGUAAAAAAGUGCUGGACCAAGCAGAAGGAAGACAACCGAGGAGCUCGACGCGGCGGCAAUGCCCGUGGACGCGGAGCGAAUCAAGCCCAGUAG